GAUUGCCCACCUUUUAAAAGUCACGGCCAGUGUCACCACGCACUUUAGUAACAAGUAACCAGUUUAAACAUGAUGAAAUCCAAAUUACGACAAAUUUGGUUUAUGACCAAAAUCGAUAAUUGGUUUAAAAAUCAAUACAACGCUUACACUUACAGUGGGUUUAUAUCACCGCGACUUUCCAAUGUAUCAAAAAUAAUUCGAAGAGGAAAAAGUGAUAAAAGCGAAUAUUUAGUUGACGACAAAAAGAGGGAAAAAGAAAAUAGAAAAAUCCGGGUUAUAAUUGAAAAUCAAAGAGGAAAAAUUCCUGUUUAUCCGUCUUCUUUACGAACUUUUUCAAUUGGAAUUGAUAAAUCGCAGUGUUUUGUAUAAUCGUUUUAUAAAUUCUUUAUUGUUUUAUAAAAGUUAAAAGUGUUGAAUAUCAUAGUCUAUUUAUAUUAGUCAGAAGAAGAUCUUUUUUUCAUGAUGAGGUGAAAUCUUUGAAUCACUUAACAGAUUAUAGAUUCAAAAGAGAAUAAUCGAAUUAUGGAAAUGGAAGAAACAACUUCUCCAGACGCUGGAAAAGUAGAUUUAGCCACUUUUGAAUUAACACAAAGAAAAUUAGUGGCUGAACUCGCAAUGAGAAAGAAUCAAGUUGAACAAUUAAGACAACAAGAAGAUAUCCAAAACAUGAAAAUCCACGAACUUCAAUUAAAAUUGGACUCCGCAACAUCUCGAAUUUCCGAUUUAGAAUUCGAGUUGGAUAUAGCGAAAAAUACGUGCGCUUCAUACAACAUACAAUUAAAAAACGUUUCCACCUUGCAACAAAAAACCCUCCAAGACAAAUUGAUUUCUGAAAAUCAAUUGUUAAAAGAUCUUUUACAAAAAUCCGAAUUGGAGCAAAGAAAACUGCUUCGGAAAAUGGAAGAUCUAACCGCUUUAAACGAGCUGCAAGUUUCGAAUAAAAACGAUUUUCUAAAACAACAAAGUAAUUGUAAAGAGAAAAUCGAGGAGUUGUUUAAUACUUUUAAAAAUCUCGAAAAGGAAUCGGUUAAAAUGAAAAGUAUUCAAGAUAAAUUAAAAGAUGUUAAAGAUCACCAACAUUAUAUUGAUGUUUAUAAAGCACUUGCUAAAAAUGCUAUUGAGAAAAAAGAUCAAAUUGAAGAUGAGUAUUUAAUGGUUAAAACUAAGUUAGAUGUUCUUACCGAUUUAUUAGACAAAAAUCCGCUUCCUCAACCCGUGUCAAUUAUUAACGUAGAAGAAUAUAAACAAGAAAUUGAACGUUUAAAACAAGCUUUAGAAGAUGAAAGAAAUUUAACAAUUCGCCAAAACGCUAGAAUCAUCGCCGAAAUCGCCCAGAAUGUUACAUUAUGUUUAAAAAUCGAUUUAUUAGAGAAAGGAGGGUCCAAAUGUAUGAAGGAUAUGUGUUUACAAACUGAAAAUUAAAACCAAUUUUGUAUUGUUAAUAUAAAUUGUAUAUUUAGUAGUUGAAAACAUUUACAAACAAUUAUAUCAUUAAAAUAAAAACUAUAUCUUAA